ACCACUCCUCUUGCUUUGCUAUCGAGAUCCAGAUUGAGCUCCCGGCCAGCCGACGACCAUGGCGGAGGCUGCACCGCUUUCCCCCCACCGCAGCCUCCCGGAAGAAAUCUCCAUCUGGGAGAUCCUCGUCCGCCUGCCCCCCAAAGCCCUCCUCCGUUGUCGUGCCGUUUGUCGCACCUGGCGCGGUGCCACCUCCACCCACGACUUCCUCCUUGCUCACCAUGCCCGCCAGCCCGCCCUCCCCCUCUUCUACGCCUCCAAUUUCAAGUGCGACGGCGACCGCGUCAAGUCCCUAGACAUCAUUCCCUUCGACCACCGAGUAGGGAUCGCCGCCGCCGACCGGCUCCAGUCCGUCGCACGAAUUGACCUCUCCUAUCCCGGUCUGGAGAUCUCCUGCGAUGGUCUCCUCGUCUUCUCCGUAGGCGAAAACAGAAAUUUGUCUGUCUACAAUCCCGCAACUCGUCAAUAUGCUCCACUCCCACAGAUUGCUGGCUUCAUGUUACUGGGGAUGUACCUGCACAGCCCAACCGGCGAGUACAGAUUAUUGUUGUACUUGAGUGAUGCAAAUCUGGGACACAAUGGCUCCUAUGUCUUUUCAGUAGGCUCCGACCAGCCGCCAAGGUACAAAGGGUAUCCCAAUGCAUUUGAAUUGAUGUUCACCAGACCCAUUUUGUUCCGUGGUAGCCUGCAUUGGCAAAUUCUAAAGAGCGCGGGCAACAUGUUAAAGGUAUUCAACACGACCGUUGAGUCAUUCCGGCAGAUGCGUGCUCCGCUUCUUCCUUACCCCGCUCACCUGUUUGAGAUGGAUGGAAUGCUCAGCAUGUUCAGCUUUGAUGAGGCAACCAACACAACCAUUGAUAUCUGGAUGUCACAAGACUAUGACAAUGAGGUAUGGGCCUUGAAAUACCGGGUUAAAUUACCAGUUGCAGAUCUCACAGUGCGGUUUGGAAAGUUUGUUGAGUAUUGGAAUUUCAUGGUCACUUCUAGGGAUGGUGAUGUGUCCAUGCUGGUCAAAUUUGGGUUAUGUUGUGAAAAAUUCGCCUUUCAUCGGAUGUGAUAGCUGUCCAGUGAGGCAACGCUUCUAAACGGCCUAGCGGUAUCCUUAUGAGCUACAAUAUCGAGUUUGAGCCCGCAGGCUUCUUUGUUGAUGCAUGAAGUUGUGAUCAGGAAGCUCUCACUGUUAUGUGGUUGCGUGAAAUCUAUGCAUGUUUUGGUACCAAAUUACCAAGUCAUUUUGGUGUGUGUCUGAAAGAUGUGCUCCGGUCUGCCUCAUGUCUCGGCUAUACUCCUAUUUAUUAGGUAGCAAUCUACAUGCCUCGUGUUUCUGUUUCUUGAACUGGAGGAUUGACUUUACCUUUUUUCUUGGUCUUCGUUUUAUUCCAUGAAAUUAUGUACUGCUCUUCUCAAAGAUGAAUUCUU